AUGUUGGUCACCAUGCUAACUGCCAUGUACAUGAUGGUCAAAGUGGUGGAAUCGAUCAGUCUGCAGUUUGAGAGGAAACCCGAGCCGCUGCCUUAUAUGGUCUCCCAGCCUUUGCCUUGGCAGGUUCACUCUGUGUCCCACAGCCGCAAGAACAGCCGGACAGAUGAAUUUGACGGCUACAGGAGGAACAGCAUAGGCGUUUAUAGAAAAAAGUAUGUCACCAUGGCUAUUGCCUCUACCUCUCUGGCUAUCCCCUGUGUCCUGUCGUGCUCAGACUCCAAUGUCGGCAAUGGAACGUGCGUGGGCCAGACUGCGCCCCCCCUGAGCCCCGUGGAGGUGGAGAAGGCGGCCGCCACCAUCCAGACGCACUUCAGGAAGUUCCAGCAGAAGAAAGUCAACAACGGGAAAUAA